AUGAAGAGUAGUUACUUGAUUUUUACAGCCUUCAUGGCCUUAGCAUUUGAUCCCAGCCCUCUACAAGACUUUUGUGUAGCUAUCAAUGACACCAACAAUGGUGUGUUUGUUAAUGGAAAAUUGUGCAAAGAUCCAAAACUUGCCACUGCAAAUGACUUCUUUUUCUCAGUGAAAGAAGGAAACACGUCAAAUUCACUUGGCUCAAAAGUGACACCGGUUGCAGUUAAUGAGAUAUUAGGAUUAAACACUCUUGGUAUCUCUCUUGCUCGCAUUGACUUUGCACCUAGGGGACUAAAUCCUCCACACACUCAUCCAAGAGCUACUGAGAUUCUUAUAGUUUUGGAGGGUACUCUCUAUUUGAAUGUGGGAUAUGGAAAUGCGGUUGCCAUUGGUGGACUUAGCAGUCAGAAUCCAGGAGUUAUCACAAUUGCUAAUGCUGUGUUUGGAUCUAAUCCAAAAAUUUCUUCAGAUGUUCUCACAAAGGCUUUUCAAGUGGACAAUAAGAUAGUUGACAAUCUUCGGAAACAGUUUUGGUUGGACAACAACUAG